CGAAUAACCAUGUCUUCUUACGCCUUCCUCCUGAUCUGCAUUCAGGCUUGCCUGAUCCAGAACGCCUUCUCCCAAUACGCGGUCGCCAACGGCUAUGGCUACAGCAAUGUUGACAUUGACAUUGACAUCGAUGCCACAGCUCUUGCCCAGGCUCUUGGCUACGGAAACGCCCAGGCUCUUGGCUACGGAAACGCCCAGGCACUUGGCUAUGGAAGCGCCCAAGCACUUGGCUAUGGAAGCGCAGAGGCUCUUGGCUACGGCAGUGCUCAAGCCUACGGCAGUGCUCAAGCUCUUGGCUACGGAAGCGCCGAGGCACUUGGCUACGGCAGUGCCCAAGCCUACGGCAGUGCUCAAGCUCUUGGCUACGGAAGCGCAGAGGCUCUUGGCUACGGCAGUGCUCAAGCUCUUGGCUACGGAAGCGCCGAGGCACUUGGCUAUGGCAGUGCCCAAGCCUACGGCAGUGCCCAAGCUCUUGGCUAUGGCAGCGCUGAAGCUCUUGGCUAUGGCAGUGCCCAAGCCUACGGCAGUGCUCAAGCUGUAGGAGGCGCUCAGGCUUUGGGCUACGGCAGUGCUCAAGUCAUUGGUGACGCUCAGAUCUACGGACUUAGCGACGCUCAGAUUUAUGGAGUAGGCGCUGCUCAGGCCAGCGGUUACGGUGCUGGUCAGGUCAUAACUGGUGCCCCAGUCAACGUUGGUUACACCGGCUCCAGUCUAUACGGUUCAGGAAUCGCCGACGUGGCUGCUGUAGCGACUCUGCCUGUCGCUGGACCUUACGGCGGCACUGGCUACGGAGAUUUGGCGGUCGGCGGCUCACUGCAGGCUGGUGGCACUGCCAUCGUGACUGGCCAGCUGCCAGUGCUUGGCGCAGUGUCGUUCAACGGCUACAUCCCCGCCAGUGGCGUCGUGUCCAUCGCUGGCAAUUGUGCAUGCGCUGGACCUAAACUGUGA